CUCACACAACAUCCGCGCUUGUGCGUUCUGUGUUUCCUCUGCAGGCAGGAGACAUCGCCCACAAGAAGCACUGCUCGCGGAGGCCGUUGCUGGAUACACACUCACUGCGAUUUUAUGGAGUGUUUUCCGUCUUGUUUACCCCUUUCGCUGGGUAAACUGGCACACCGAGGAGACUGGAAACUUGUCUCGUUUGCCUGUGUGCUUGAACUAAAUAAAGGAUAUCAAAACGUUCAUGUGUUAUCGGUGUUUAAGCUCCGACUCUAAAAAGAUAUAUAUGGAGCUAAUUCUGUGGGUUGUGAGCGCCUAAAUAAGGAAUACUAAGCUAAUUCUUCAUCAACAUGGAAAAUGUACAGAGUCUCUUGUUGUUCGUAACCGUACUCUUUGGUGGUGUACUAUUAGUCAGCGGCGCCUACUUAGGGGGCCGGGAUGAAGUGGGUCUUUUCAGCCUAACUAAGAAUACUGAAAAAUCAGUUACCAAGAGGAGCGUCAUCACUGAUAACUGUUUGACUGAUAACAGAACGCAAGAGGACACAAAGCAAGACCAGGACAAGGCCAAGGUCAACAAGAACAGUGCAAACAGCGUGGUUGAAAGAUCAGAGCUGAGAAGGCCAUUCGUCGUAUCUCCGCCCGGCCAUCGUGGGAGGCGGGAAACAGCAUCAUCGCAAUCUGUUUUUCCUCUUGAUUUCCCUCUGCCGCACCGGGAUGAGCCACGCCUUCUCUUACAGGACGCAUCUGGCCAUCCCAGUUCUUUGUCCAGUGCGGAGGAACCUGUGGGCCAUAGUACAGAUACUCCUGGUACUUCACCUCGUUUGGCCUCUGGCUCUCGCGACCUCUUUGCUCCCCAGCACUUCACUCCACGAGACGAGGUCACGAUUUCCCCUCACCACGAAGCCCAGUUCGCGUCGGGAUCGGGUGCUCGGAAGGCUCACGGGAAAAGAAGCCCCGGCCAUUAUAUCUUCCUAGAUUCCGGAGAGGCUGAGAGCGCCGAAGAUCUAAGCUUCGCGGGUCGAGGGACAUUCUGGUCUCAGACUCACUGGCUCUCGGUUCCUUCGCCUCCCCCUCCUUUCCCGGCGCAUCCAGGGAUCCCGACUUCUCCUCACGGCCUCAAAUCCUCGAAUGCCUUUAAACCUUUCUCGCUUCAGCCGACUCUAUCCAAGGUGCCGGUAUUUUCACCUGUGCCCAGUCUUCCACCUUCUCCCUUUUCACCUGUGCCCAGUCCUCCACCUUCUCCCUUUUCACCUGCGCCCAGUCCACCAUCUUCUCCCUUUUCACCUGUGCCCAGUCCACCAUCUUCUCCCUUUUCACCUGUGCCCAGUCAUCCACCUUCUCCCUUUUCACCUGUGCCCAGUCCUCCACCUUCUCCCUUUUCACCUGUGCCCAGUCCUCCACCUUCUCCCUUUUCACCUGUGCCCAGUCAACCACCUUCUCCCUUUUUACCUGUGCCCAGUCCUCCACCUUUUCCCUUUUCACCUGUGUCCAGUCCACCAUCUUCUCCCUUUUCAUCUGUGCCCAGUCCUCCACCCUCUCCCUUUUCACCUGUGCCUAGUCCACCACCUCCUUUUUCACCUGUGCCCAGUCCACCGCCUCCCUUUUCACCUGUGCCCAGUCCACCACCUUCUCCCUUUUCACCUGUGCCCAGUCCUCCACCUUCUCCCUUUUCACCUGUGUCCAGUCCACCAUCUUCUCCCUUUUCAUCUGUGCCCAGUCCUCCACCCUCUCCCUUUUCACCUGUGCCCAGUCCACCGCCUCCCUUUUCACCUGUGCCCAGUCAACCACCUUCUCCUUUUUCACCUGUGCCCAGUCCACCACCUUUUCCUUUUUCACCUAUCUCGCCACCAUCACCCUCUGCUCCUUUCAUACCUGUCCCAAGCGCAACACCUCACACUCCGCGGCCAUCUGUAACUCUGAAAAACUUACCGGUGUUAAAACUCCCGUCUCCUGUGCCACCAUCCGACCCACCAUCAGGCACAACUUCUCCCGAGCCUUUCUCAGCUUCAGCUUCAUUCCCACUUUCUGGAACUUCGACGAUAGCUCCUCCUCACCCUGAUUCCCUCCCACCAAUUAAUACUUCACCCUUCAGAUCGCCUCUGGAAUUCCCUAUCGACAUGCAUGCUAUAAGGUUCCCUCUUGAUACCCCUGAGGUUCAACUCCCUGUAACUCCAAUGCCC